AUGGGCCUGGUGAUCCCAACCUGUACAGGCUCUUCGAUUUUUCAUCUUGAGGCUGGUCUGGUGGUUCCUGGGCCUUUCACAGGAGUGACGUGUGCGAACACUACCGGUUCAAUUCAUCCCACUCACCAAGUGCCCUUCCAUUGUAAACUCCAAAUUACAAGAGGCCCGGCCCAAAUAUACGGGCUUGCCCAAUGCAGGAGCGACGUGCCCAACAACGACUGCACUGCCUGCAUCCGCGAAGCGGCCCGGAUCGUCCGCGAUCCGGACCACUGCCCGACCCAGUCGGGCGCCCGCAUAUGGUACGACUUCUGCUUCCUUAGGUACAACACGAAUAGCUUCGCCGGCCAGCUCGACACGUCCGGGUGGAUUUUGUGGAAUGUGAACAACGUCACGGACCCAAGCGCGUUUAACGAGAACUUGGGGAACUUGAUGCGCAAUAUCAGCUCCGAGGCGGUGAGGCCUGGGCGUAGGGGGCUCGGGAAGGGGACACGCAGGCUAACGCCCCUCAGUACGCUCUACGGUCUGGUGCAGUGCACCAGGGACUUGUCCGGGCCGGCAUGCGCGCAGUGCCUGGCCACGGCUAUUUUUCCGGACGUGUGCGUGAAUAGGCAGGGUUGUCGGGUUUUGUUCGGAAGCUGUUAUGUUAGGUACGAGUUGUACCCGUUUUUCUUCCCGCUCGAGUCGGGCGGGUCGUCGGGUCGUGGGCCGGGUGGUUCGGUGAAGGUUAAGAAAGUCAAUUAG